AUGAACAAACUCCAGGCUGAGACGAGGCAUCUCGCCAAGACUCUCAGGCUCAAUGAAAAGAGAUUGGCUGGUCAGAGAAUUUCCCAAGAGCUUGGCUCGUUCAGCUCACAGGAUAUCGCUCAAUUGUACAAACAGCUAAUGGCACCAAAUUCUGAGGUAGAUGACAGCAAUUUACAUAAAUUAAUGAACAUAAGAAAGUCUCUCGUUCAUCAGCUCAAAUCUGAAUUGUCGUCAACGCCUGCUAUCGAUUCACAAUUGGCAAACCGACUGAGAAGAAUCUGGUUGAACAAGCAGAAAUCCUCUCUGCCAGUUAGAUCUUCCACUAGAGUUAAAUCCAGGGAAUCCGCUAUACACCAUGUCGAAGAAAUCGAUGCCAUUACCCGUCAGUCUAAGGGAAUUCAGCUAUCUCAACACCAACGCGGUCUUCUUCUUAAUCGUUUCAGCGAAGCCAUUGAGGCAUCUGGUAUAGGCGCUAGCUCAAUUUCCAAAGACAAUGUUGUCCCAAUUCUCCAAGUAGCAAAUGAGGGAGAGUGGCACACAAUCAUCACUUCAGCUGCCCAUCAAGUAGACAUUGAUCACAUCAAGCAGACAAUUGCUCUUCUUGAACGAACACAGCAACUUUCAGCGGACAUGUACACUGACACUCUUUCCAUCCUCGCCAAACACGGGGCACUCCAUCAAGUUGCCGAAGUGAUAGACUACUCGAAACAUCUGAUCAAACCUAGUGAAAAAUCAUAUGGUGCUUUGGUGGAUGCGCACACUUCUCGAUCUGACUUGACAAAUGCCUGGAACAUGUUGUCGUCUUUGGAGAGUCGUGGAAUGAUAGUACCUCAAUCAACCUACACCAACCUCAUCAAAGGGCACUUACUAAGCAAGCAGCCAUCCAAAAUUAAGGAGAGAGGGUGGAAUCUCUUCGUGCAUUCCAGAUUGAUGGCACACCCUACACCAUCGAUAUCACUAUACAACACAAUGAUAACGGCUUGUGCGGAGGGAGUCGAGCCGGAGAUAGAGCGUGCUCUUGAUCUGUACAAGGAGAUGAAGGAGUAUAGCCUCCCUCUUGAUCAAACUGUUUACGCAUCACUCAUCCACACACUCGCCAAAGGUCAUCGCAGAGGAACUGCAAGUGAAAUUGACAGAUUGUUUAAUGAGAUGUUGGACACAGGUAUCCAACCAACCCAUCUAAUCUUCGCUGCGUUGAUGGAAUUGGCGAAAAGGACCGGAGACGUUGGGAGAGCGAGACACGUGUUUGCAAAUUGGAUGAGAAGCGGCUACCCUAUCACCAGCCAGGAUGUUGCAAGGUUUUUUUAUGCAUACGCUGCUGCCCAAACACCUCAAUUAAACUAUAAAAAACCUCUCAACGAUGAAACUGAGGUCGAGACUUCAGAUAGAGUGGAUGUAGACAAGACGGAGCAUUAUGAUCCCCACUCAUUUACUCCAGAGUCGAUACCACAAUUUCCCCACGAGUUGAUGGCAGAAUCUGAUAUGAUAUUCAACAGGAUACUCGCCGACAAAGGUCAUAGCUUGGCUGUUGAUGGUUUGAUUCUCGCUCAGAAGGAGCCAGAAAACCACGCUAAUGAGAAUUUCAAACCUUUUGAAAAUGUCAAUCUCAAUAGUCGCUUAGUCAACUCUUACCUCAGCAUACGGCUUAACCAUUCCAAAUAUAAUCCUGCAGAACUAAUAGAGUUUGUCAAGAGACUGUCAAUAAAAUUGGAUGUAUCUAGAAAUGGUCACAACAUGUUCAUGUUGCUCGAGUAUAUUUACAAGCAUCACAAGGAAGCUGCUCAUCUCGCUGAUGGCUUGUUUGAAGAGUACGUGGAGUACGUGGAGAGCAUAACACCCGUAAUCAUGGAUGAAAGCAAAGUGGUAGCUCAGCAGUCUUCCUCUAUUGAAGCUGGCUUGGCGCAGAAGCGUAAGAUGGAAGAUGAUAAUGGUGUUGACGAGAAGACCAUUUCGAGAACAUGGUCGACAUACCUCAAUAAUUUAGCUCGAUCUAAUCGGCUCUCUGAAGCUGUAGAAGUGCUGUCGAACUUCGUCAAAAAAUAUCCACCCACCUCCGUUACGUCUAACAUGAGAUCACUUACGGAUUCCAAACCAACAGCAAUCAAAAUAAGCAAAGAAAUUAAACCGGAUUUAGCACCACAUCUCGUAUUCGCUAGAUUGAGACCAUUGCAUGAGAAGCUCGCCACACUUGUCAAGAUAGAAGACGAGGCCGGUGUUGAAAGUAAGCUGUCUGUGCAUAAAUCCGCUAAGCAGGCACUCGGAUUCUUUUCUUGGGCGCUUAAAGCGUAUGACGGUGUCUAUCGCUCGCAUGUCAACCGACAACUCAAAGAAAUGGACAGGAUGGGGCCGCGUUUCGAUAGCUUAGACAGGCAACUUAUAGAAUAA